UCCCCGUGUGCGCACACUGAGGUUAGCUUUAAGCUAGCUCACCAGUACCUGCGCUCGCAAAGUCUUUGGUUUGUUAUCACAUUCACAAAAUGGCAACAGAAGCGAAACGACCCAAGGUAGAUGACGGCUCAGAGCUUAGUCCUCUGGAAAAUUUUCUACAGUGGUGCAACAGAGUCGGUCUGGUUCUCAGCAACAAGGUGUAUGUGAGUAAAGAGGGGACAGUGGCAGAGUAUGGGAUGCUGGCUAAGGACGACAUAGAAGAGGGGGAGGUUUUAUUCACUAUCCCCAGAUCAGCUCUUCUGCACCAGGGAACAACCAAGGUCUGCGCCCUGCUGGAGAAAGAGAAGUCAUCUCUGGAGAGCUCUUCAGGCUGGGUUCCCCUGCUGCUGGCUCUGCUGUACGAGUACACAUCCUCACAGUCCCACUGGAGACCAUACCUCUCCCUGUGGACGGACUUCAAGACACUGGAUCACCCCAUGUUCUGGUCUAAAGAGGAGAGAGGCCGACUGUUGAGGGGCACAGGUAUUCCAGAGGCUGUGGACACAGACUUGGCUAACAUCCACAGGGAAUACACAGAUGUGGUGCUGCCGUUCAUCACCCAGCAUCCUGACCUCUGGAACCCAAACACACACACACUGGAGCUGUACACACAGCUGGUGGCCUUUGUCAUGGCCUACAGUUUCCAAGAGCCACAGGAAGAGGAGGAUGAUGAAGAGGAGGACGAGGAAGAGGAGAAGACUCCAAACCCACCCAUGAUGGUUCCCAUGGCUGACAUGCUGAACCAUGUGUCCAAUCACAACGCUAAUCUGGAGUUCACGCUGGACAGUCUGAAGAUGGUGUGCGUGCGCCCCAUUCAAAAAGGCGAGGAGGUAUUUAACACCUAUGGGCAGAUGGCCAACUGGCAGCUGCUUCAUAUGUAUGGCUUCACAGAACCAUAUACAAGCAACAGCAACGACACCGCUGACAUCCCCAUUACCAACCUCUACAAAGUCACCACACAAGGCAUUCAGUCUGAUUUGGACCGGCAGCUGGUGGAGGAGCAGUGGGAGAUGCUGCGUGAGAUAAUGCAAGAGAAAGGAGCCUUUGUGUUUGGUAAACAGGGCUGCCUUACAGACACAGAGCUCCACACUGCACUCAAGGUGCUGUGCAUGUCAAAGGAGGAGUUCUCAGAGUUCAAAGAAAACGAAGGAUGGGAGGAGGAUGAUGAGGAAGAUGAGAAGAUUUCUCUUGCUUUCUCUAACGAAGGUCUCCCAGGAUUAAAGGCCUCAUGGAAAUGGCUGAUUCACGAAGCAGCCCGUCUAACUCUGAGGUCCUAUGGAGACGGAAAGGAGGAGGAGGAGCAGGAGGUCAUAAAAAGAGACCAGGUGCUGAUAGAGGACAAGGCAGCACUUGCUGGACUGAGCAGCAGGCAGCAGAAUGCACUGCAGGUACGAUAUGGACAGAAGAGCAUCCUGCACAGACUGAUGGAGCUCACAGAGUCAUGAGUACAACUGUGAUGGAGUCUGGGACCUCAGUGAAAGCUUUUCGUUUGUUUUUUUUUUUUGUUGUUUUUUUUAAAUCUCAAGGAAAAUUACAACUUCCUUUUGUCAUACACAUUGUCAAUAAACUUUUUAUCCUGAAGACAUCUUUGAUUUUCAACAGUUCUUGUUUUGUACUCCUGCUGACAAUAAAU